AUGGCGUCCCGGUCGUCGUCGUUCCUGUCGUCGACGGCGGUGGGCGUCCGGCGGCCGUCGGUCGGCUCACGCCUGUCGUUUGCCGUCUCGACAGCCGAGCGGGGCGAGAACGGCGAGAACGACGAGGGCGCUCCGGCGGCGGCAGCCGAGCACCAGCGGAUCGAGGAGGAGAUUGCCGAGAUCAAGCGCUACGAAGACUUUACAACAAUAGACUGGGUGCAGGACGCGGCCCGCGAGCAUCUGCGGCGCAAGGCCCGGCGACGGCACAAUGCCGACCUCUACGACCACGGCCAGGUCGGCUGGCGGCACAGGCUGUACGAGUCGUACGACGCGGCGCAGGGCUGGAUCGUAGUGACGCUGAUCGGCGUGGCCAUUGGCCUCAACGCGGCGUUCCUCAACAUCAUCACCGAGUGGCUGUCCGACAUCAAGCUGGGCUACUGCACGACGGCCUUUUACCUCAACGAGAACUUUUGUUGCUGGGGCGAAGACAACGGCUGCGCCGACUGGCACCGCUGGACGGGCUUUGGGCCGGCCAACUACCUUUUGUACCUGGCCUUUGCGACGGCCUUGGCCUUCACGUCGGCGAUCCUCGUCCGCUCCUAUGCGCCGUACGCGGCCGGAUCCGGCAUUUCCGAGAUCAAGUGCAUCAUUGCCGGCUUCACCAUGAAGGGCUUCUUGGGGUUCUGGACGCUGGCCAUCAAGUCCGUCGCGCUGCCGCUCGCCAUCGCGUCAGGCCUGUCGGUCGGCAAGGAAGGCCCCAGCGUGCACUACGCCGUGUGCACGGGCAACGUCAUCUCGCGCCUGUUUGCCAAGUACCGCCGCAACGCGUCCAAGACGCGCGAGAUCCUGUGUGCCUGCGCCGCGGCCGGCGUCGCCGUGGCCUUUGGCAGCCCCAUUGGCGGCGUGCUCUUUUCGCUCGAGGAGAUGUCGAGCUACUUCCCCCUCAAGACGCUGUGGCGCAGCUACUUUUGCGCGCUGGUGGCCACGGCCGUGCUGUCGGCGAUGAACCCCUUCCGCACGGGCCAGCUGGUCAUGUUCCAGGUGCACUACGACCGGUCGUGGCACUUUUUCGAGACGGUCUUUUACGUCAUCAUCGGCAUCUUUGGCGGCUUGUACGGCGCCUUUGUCAUCAAAUGGAACCUGCGCGUGCAGGCGUUCCGCAAAAAGUACCUGGGCCAGCACGCCGUGCUCGAGGCCACGCUGCUGGCCGCCGCCACGGCCCUGGUGUGCUACCCCAACGUGUUCCUGCGCAUCGACAUGACGGAGAGCAUGGAAAUUCUGUUUCUCGAGUGCGAGGGCGCCGAAGACUACCAGGGCUUGUGCGAGGCGUCCAAACGGACGUGGAACAUUGCGUCGCUCGUUGUGGCCACGCUGCUUCGCACGUUCCUGGUCAUCAUCUCGUACGGCUGCAAGGUGCCCGCCGGCAUCUUCGUGCCGUCCAUGGCCAUUGGCGCGUCCUUUGGCCGCACCGUCGGCAUCAUUGUGCAGGCGUUGCACGACGCGUACCCGUCGAGCGUGUUUUUUGCGGCCUGCGAGCCCGACGUGCCGUGCAUCACGCCCGGCACCUAUGCCUUUCUGGGCGCCGCCGCUGCGCUCUCCGGCAUCAUGCAUUUGACGGUCUGUGUCGUCGUCAUCAUGUUUGAGCUGACCGGCGCCCUGACCUACAUUCUGCCGACCAUGAUCGUGGUGGGCGUCACCAAGGCGGUCGGCGACCUCUUUGGAGGGGGCGGCAUUGCCGACCGCAUGAUCUGGUUCAAUGGGUUUCCCUUUUUGGACAACAAGGAGGAGCACAACUUUGGCGUGCCGGUGUCGCAGGCCAUGAACAGCGACGUCACGGCCUUGCCCGCGGCCGGCAUGACGCUGGCCGCCGUCGACCGCCUUCUGGCCCAGGGCCAGUACCAGGGCUACCCGGUUGUCGAUGACGCCGAGUCGCGUGUGCUCGUCGGCUACGUGGGCCGCACAGAGCUGCGCUAUGCCGUCGACCGGUUCCGGCGCAAUGCAGGGCCAGUGAAUCCAGACACGCGCUGCGUGUUCCUGCCGCCGUCUGAGCUGGCUGCUGCCGCGGCCUCCACCCACGGCGGACCUGGCACCGCUACCGCUGCUGCCGCCGCCGCCGCCGUGGGCGACGAUGCCUUGUUAACGGCGCCCAUGACGCCGGCACUGACCGUUGUCCCGAAUAUAGAUAUGGCGGCCGUCCGAACCGACGACACCGGCAGACCGGACGGAUCGCCAGCACACCCGCCACCGUCGUCGACGGCGGUCGAUUUCAGCCGCUACGUGGACCGCACGCCGGUGAUGGCCCACCCGCACCUGCCCCUCGAGACCGUCAUGGAGCUCUUCCGCAAGAUUGGUCCUCGCGUCAUCCUCAUCGAACACCACGGCAAGCUGGUGGGCCUCGUCACCGUCAAGGACUGUCUCAAGUACCAGUUCAAGGCCGAGGCCGCCGAGAACACACGCACGGCCGGCAUCAACGGCACCGACAACGGCAACGGCAACGGCGCCGAGAACCAGCAGGAGCAGCUGUGGCAGGGAAUGGUGUGGUUGGCAGGAUGGGUGGCCGAGCGCGUGAGCCGCGUCACUGGCGGGCGCAUCCGACUGGGCAGCGGCAAUGGAUACGGCUACAGCGGCGGCGACCACGGCAUCCUCGACGGCACAGAAGAGGUCGACGAUGAGGGCGUCGAAAUGGACGCGCGGUAG